AUGGAAGCCAGUAGCCGCCUACUUCCGCGGACGAAGCAUCUGGUGUUUGUCAAUUUCCGUGGAGAGGAGCUGCGUUUCGGUUUCGUAAGCCAUCUCGUGGAAGCUCUCCAGAGACAUGGGAUCAACGUUUUCAUAGACAUGUUCGAGAGGAAAGGUGAAGACCUAACCAAUCUCUUCGUGAGGAUCGAAGAGUCGACCAUCGCUUUGGUGAUAUUCUCCCGGAGGUACACGGAAUCAAUAUGGUGCUUAGACGAGCUCGUGAAGAUCAAGGAACGUGCAGAUCAAGGACUACUCAAGGUCAUUCCCAUAUUUUUCAAAGUGGAACCAGUUACCGUGAAACAACUAAGGGGAGCAUUCGGCGAUCAGUUCAGGGAUCGAGAGUGGGAAUAUCGGUGUGAUAAACAGAGAACCGAGAGAUGGAAGGAAGCAUUGGCAUCUGUUUCUUGCAAAAUUGGUUUGACCUUUGACAAGAAAAGUAACGAGAGUACAUUUGUCACGAUAAUCGUUAAGGAGGUCGAGAGUAUGCUACAACAACAUGGAAAUUCUGUGGUCAUUCCAUUUUCAGGAGGAGGCCAGUUUAUGAACUUUCUAGAAUCGGGUCAGGGUCAAGGUCAAGUGGAUCUCUCAACAAAUAGUGACCUUUUGCACGAGAAGGGUAGGAUCGUGGAUGAAGAAGAUAGGCCAUUGGGCCUGUUUACUGCAUUAGUUAAGUUGUUUAGCCCAUUUUUAGAUAUAUGUAAACACUAA